AUGCGCCCACGGCACUACAACGGCUACAACGCACCAGUCGGAGGCAUCAAGUGCCCCAUUGACGGCUGCAACCACGACCCCUUCCCGGAUCGGCGACACCUCGCCGAGCACUGCGCCGCCGCUCACCCAUCCUCCGCCGACACCGACGAUGUGCUAGCCGACCACGCUUUCCACCGAUGCGACAUCUGCAGAGGGGUGUUCUGCGUGCUCCCGCGACCAACCCAGAAUGGGAACUCAGGCUGGCUGAACCAUUGCACGAGCGGCGACAACACGCGCAGGACUGCUCACAAAGAAUUGCAGAUCGCGGCCAAGACGUGGAAGGAGGCGGAGAAACGAGCGCGGUCUGCGGAGAUCCCACUCCACUCUGGCUUCCAGGCGGAACUCUUUGCGCCAGUCGUCGCUGCGCACGAGCACUUUGCCGAAGACGUGAACGGCGAGACGAACGGCCUCGCUUUCCUGUGCGCCGACCUCUACAACGCCUAUGUCUUCUUCCGCUCGCACGGCGAGGUCGAGCCUCGCCCCGCGGACCAACUGCGCCAUCGCGCAGCCGCGUGGGUGAGCGCCAUCAACGAUGGCACCGCCGUGCAGCUCUGGCGCGCCUUCGCGGACGAGGCGCGCCGCACUGCGAGCCGCUCCAACCCCGACGGCGACCUGUGCGAACUUGAGGACGAGCUCCAAGUGGACUACGACAGGCUGUCCGAGCCGACCGUAUCGGGGAUGCCUUGCGACGCGACGACCAUCCGUAAACAGGCCUUCUUGGCCUCGCAUGGCGAUUGGUCGGCAGCCUUCAAGCAGUCCACCCCCUCCCCCGCCCUCGACCCCCGACUGCCGGACUCCAAACGCGCCCUCAUCGGCUUCAACCCUCAGACCCCCCAUCGGGAGCUCACUCCUGAGCAUGUUGCCGACGAGCCUGGGCACGCCCCGAUCCAGUUUACAGCCAAGCUCGUCCAGAAGGCCGCCGCACAGCUGCGCGACCUGCGGGCGCCGGGCACGUUGCCGCAGGACAACCGCAUCAUCAAAGCGAUUAUCCGGCAGCCGAGAGGCCUCAAGGCCGUCACUAAAUGGGCCAACGCCGUCGCAGCAGACCAGGGUGGGGCGACUGCCCGCGACCUCCUCGCCGGCGGCAUCCGCGCCGCCCUCGCCGCCAAAGUCUGCCCUUUGACCGGCGAGAUCAAAGGCCGUCGGCCCCUCGGCAUGUGCGAGAAGUGGCGCUGUCUCCUCUGGGCAAUAAUCAAUCGCGCUUGCCGCAAAGGGUUCGAACGCAACUUCACCGAGCCCGCCCCCGAGGACGGAACGGAGAAACUUGCCCGCCUCGUCCGAGGCUGGACCGAGCACGCGCCACGCCACGGCAUCGUCUCCGACGACAUCUCCGCCAUGUACCAGUGGACGAGCCGCUGGGCGGGAUUCGCCUUCCUGCGGAGACGCUUUCCGUCCCUCCUCGCCAUCUUCCGCUUCUUCUACUACUCCCGCAGCGGCCUGCUGGCGCUCGAGCAAGGCGAGCCAGCGACGGCCGUGGCGCAGCUGACUCGCGCGCGGCAAUUUGCUGCGUACAGCGGCGCGGCUCUGCUCGGGCGUCUCCCGGGCGGGCUCCUGUGGAGCGGGCUCUCGCCGAACAGCGAGUACGCGGCCGGGCGUGCGGUGCUCGAGAAUCGAGGCGAGGUCCUCGCGGCGAUCGACCACUUUGACGCCGCUAUACGCGGGAACCCAAACCUGUGGCCGGCGCAUGCCAACCUUGCGGCGGUUCAAGCGGGGCUCGGCGACGUCAUGGCGGCGCUCGAGGCGACUCUUAGCGCGUGCCAGCGCGCGAUCGACAUCCUGGUGAUCCGUGCGGACGACGCUCCCGCGCCCGCAGACCCAGGGCAGGCGCUGCCGGCCUGCUCCUGCCUCCCGCACGCGGCGGACGCGUACCAGCGCGCGCUCGCCAACGUCGCCGGCCACGAGGGGGCGAGCGCCGCACUCGAGCGCCUGGCCGAGCUGCAGCAGGAGGGGAGAGGGUCGCAGGGUCGGAUCACGUCAAGCCUCUCGCCCUCUCGACGUCCUGUUGACAGCGUGCCGACAGACAGCGACACAGACCCUGUGGUCGUGGGGGUCACGUUUGGUGCUUGUCGAUAUGUCCCUGCUAUCUUUUCUGUAUCAAAGGAUACGAAGAUGCGCGCAUUAAACGAGGGCAAGGAGACAGAUGAUGCGCAUGUGAGUGAGUGA